AUGUACACCAUGGCUCGCUAUCAGUGUGGAGAGUUGGGGACUCAGUAUCGGGCAGAGGGCAUGCAGCCUGGACAGGGUGGUGUGGGGAUCACCAGCUUUGAUAGGAGGGGGUUGUUGAAGGGGAGAGGUGGUAUCCCUACCUCGCCCCUUCCUUCCUACUUCUACACUGCAUGCAAUUAUUUAUGCCCGACACAUCUGAAUGUGUCCAACCGAUGUACCAUUGACACUAAAGAGGAGGCACACACCAGUGUGUCAGCAAUUCACCCGGCUAUGCAACACUGGCCUGGUUCUGGGGGGAGCUGUGCUGCUUACACAUCGCUUACACCACUUCGCGUCGCUUAUCUGAUUCUGCUAUCAUCCUAUCCACAUCGUCCACCCACCUACAAUGCCACGAAGACACAAAACCACAGGUAUCAAAGAAUCUACAUCGAAGGGGACAACAUCCAGCAGCUGCUACACAUCUAUCUGGAAGAACCCACAUCUGAUACCCAGGCCAGCAUCUUAGAAGAAGCACCCUUUUGGCCAGGGUUUGUUCUUCAAGGACUUUCCCUCUACCAGGCAGGGUCAGAGUCCUAUGCGCUCUUCAGUGCAUUACACGAUAAGAUGCUUGAGGGUAAAGCGAAUCAUCAGGAGCGCCGGAGAAUUGUUGAUGCACUUGGUCUCUGUGCAGAACAGGUUUCGAUCAUUGCGAUUAUCGAGAAAGCAGCUACCUGGGAUGAUGCUGUGGCCGAGGUACAGGAGCGAUUUGGUGCUCUUCUAGUUCUCCGGCAGCGCAGAUACCUCAAGAGCCAAUUGAAAGAUUAUCCAGGUGGGGAGCAGCAUGAUUACCGGUGCAACUGUCCUGCUGUGGAAGUCAGAGCAGCAGAUACACCUGACAAUGCUAUUCUCUGCUGUGCAGAAACUGGAUUCUAUGUUCUUCCAUUCCAUCAAUCCACAGUGUUCGUAUCUUUGGGUGUAAAUAAGCGCUAUAAAAUGGAGCUCGUCGUAGCACGGGAUGUCCCACAGGACAUCCCAUGCUACACCCCUUUUGUUACCCCACUGAUGUUAUGGCUGGAGCUUGUUAUAGAAGCAGCUUGCAGCAGCCGACGUGAUCCAACCCAUCCAGGAAAAAUGGUACAAAUAGGUCUCAACAUGGGAGCACGCCAUGCCCGCAUUCUUGGAUGGGCACAAUCUUUUACCCGGGACUUGACCCAUGAGCAGAAGGUCCAGCAGGACACUGAUUUGCUUGGAGGAAUGAGCCUAUUGUGGGCUCUCAUCAAGGCUUAUCUGCCUACAGAUGUUACGAAGCCAGUUCAAGAUAAGCUGGAUGGUAUUUAUCCUACUAUGGCAACACGCAAUGUUCCAGAAGGAUGUGGCUUCUCAAUUUCAAUUGACGGAACUGAUUACACAUUCAGCCAAGCCUCCCGGGCCCCUCCUGAAGGGGUAGCCACAGUUUCAUAUGAAGCGCCUUCCCAUACAGAUGGAUGUGCUACAAUCUGGGCCUUUGCUUGUACUGUCGCCCGCAGAAUCCUCUCCCCCCAGUUACUGCCCAGUGCCCACCUGGGCUCUAACUUUAUUGACUUUGGGCUUGGUGUUGUUGUCCAAGGGGCUGCACGCACACUGACAGCCUUUCAGCCUGAACACCUCCAUGCUACUUCAUACCGGGGGAGUGUUUUCUCUAUGGGUUUAGCAAUGAAUUCAACAGCCUGGGUAGAACUCGCUAUGUGUGGAUUAGAAAUUGAUAACUUAGUAGCUGUUAGAGUUCGUCAAAUGUCAAUGCUGGUUUCAAAUGUCAAUUUUGGUGUAUUCCCAUGA